UGUAGGUAGAGAGUUUUUCCUUUCUGUGGUCCUUCGUUUUCCAUUCCUUCAUUCUCUUUCCAGUCGUUCUUUUACUUGUCAGAAAGAGAUAUGCCUUCUUCAAGGCUUAUAGGGGCUGGUAGCCUUUUGGUUGCUCUUCUUCCGUUCACGGCUUCUGCUGCUUUUUACAACUAUACUUUGAAAGACACCUAUGCGGGAGAGACCUUCUAUGACGGCUUCACCUUCUUCACGGACCCGGAUCCGACUCAUGGUUACGUCCAGUAUGUAGACAAGGCCACAGCUAUCAAGAGCGGUAUUCUUGGAUUUGGCGACGGCACUGCCAAGUGGGGUGUUGAUGAUACUACCGUCUUGUACGCAAACUCUACUGUUGGUCGUCAGUCCGUUCGUCUUGAGGGUGCUGUCAAUUACAACCAUGGCCUCUUCCUUGCAGACAUCAAGCAUAUGCCUGGCUCAAUUUGUGGUGUCUGGCCUGCCUUCUGGACUCUUGGUGACGACAACUGGCCAGCCCACGGCGAGCUAGACAUCAUUGAAGGAGUCAACACUUUCACCACCAACCAGAUUGCCGCACACACUGCUCCAAACUGCACCAUGAAGUUUCAGGACCAGUCCGGUUGGGUCAACGGCCAGGACUGCGCUGUUAGCACUGGUGGAGCUGCUGGUUGCGCGACAGGCAAUAACGACCAAACUGGCUACGGCGAUGGCUUCAAUGCGAACGGUGGAGGUGUCUACGCUAUGCAAUGGACCUCUGAAUUCAUGAAAGUCUGGUUCUUCCCUCGCAACGGCAUUCCUGCAUCCAUUAGUUCGGGCACUCCCAACCCAGCUCUUGACUUUGGCACUCCAGUCGGCAAUUUCGAUGGUGGAAGCUGUGACAUUGAUUCACACUUCAUCAACCACCGUAUGAUUUUCGACACGACUUUCUGUGGUGACUGGGCUGGUAGUGUGUACAGUCAGACUAGCUGCCCGGGAGCUUCCAGUGGAAACAAUGGAUGUGUAAACUAUGUUGCACAGAACCCCAAGGCUUUCCAGGAGGCUUACUGGGAGGUCAACUACAUCAAGGUGUUUUCGGAGACAGUAAUCCAGUCUAACUCGUCGAGUUCGUCAUCUAUGAGCUCGACUUCUUCCAGCUCUGUCUCUUCGAGCUCGUUGGUCUCGACGUCUUCGAUCACAUCUAGCAGCACUCGAGCAACUACUAGCUCAUCAAGCAGCAUCAUCCCGAGCUCGACAUCUUCAAGCAGCGUUCGCUCGACAUCAAGCUCGGUCUCGUCGACUUCAUCGAGCAGUGUCCGACCUAGUUCUACAACCCUGUCCUCUAGCAGCACUCGUCCUUUGUCCUCUUCGACUUCGACAUUAGCAAGCAGUGUUCGCCCGAGCUCUUCAUCUUCGUCUUCGUCUAUCAAGCCAUCAAGCAGUUCUUCUAGCAUCAAGCCCACUACGAGCUCUUCUAGCAUUAAGCCUACUACAAGCUCGUCCAGCAUCAAGCCAACCACCAGCUCUUCCAGCAUCAAGUCGACCUCGACAUCAUCAACUAAGCCAGUUUCAAGCUUAAGCUCAUCGAAGCCUGUUUCAAGCUCCUCGACCGUAAAGCCUACCACAAGCUCAAGCAAGGCAUCGUCAACAAGCACGAAACCCUCUAGCACUUCCUCAAUCAAGAGCUCCACAUCUUCAACCUCCAGCCGCAAGACCAGCACAAGCAGUUCAAGUACCAAGCUCUCAUCGACUUUGGCUACCAGAAACGCCGGUAUCACGGUCAGAAGCACUGCUGUAUCAAGUUCCUCCUCGAAGAAGACGACUUCAACAAGCAGUAGUAAGAAGCUUAGCUCUACUAGCAGCAGCAAGAAGAUCACCUCGACUUCCUCUUCCAAGAAACCUAGCUCCACUUCUUCGUCCAAAAAGCCUAGCUCAACUAGCAGUGUCAAGAUUAGCACUGUAGCCAAGGCCAAGGUGGCAAGCAGUUCGAGCAAGAAGGUCACUUCAUCAUCGUCCACCAAGAAGGUCUCUUCAUCGACCAAGAAAACCACCUCUACAAGCUCGAAAAAGAUCACUUCGUCGACCAAGAAGACCUCAUCAUCAACAAAGAAGACCACUUCGUCGACCAAGAAGCCCAGCUCUACACUCAAAACCAGCACAACAAAACGCACCACUUCUUCAAGCUCGAAGAAACCUACAACCACCACCACAACUACAAAGCGCGUUUAGAAUUCCCGGAAAGCAUUGACAUGACCCGUUACGACUUUCUCUGCAUCUAUUCUUGCAUCUAUUCUUGCAUACAUCUUGAGGAGUUUCUGUUUCUUCUUUACACUAGACUUGCAGUUUUCGUCUUCUAUUUUCCUUCUUAUUUUCGGGUUUUCUCACUUGUUAGAACCUUUUAUAUUUGUUAUUCUUUUUAUUGUCUAUUACACUAUAUAUACAUAUACUAUUCUACUAUUGUUUACUAUUCGGACCCUUUUGAGAUUACCGU